AUGUCUCGCUUUAGCUAUUCUACGACUGGGAGUGAGGUGGUUGCGGCCUUCGCAGAACAAGUUACCGGAAAGACCUUCGUGAUCACUGGGGCCAGUGAUGGUGGGCUGGGUGCAGGCGUCGCAGUCUCUCUCGCAGCUGCACACCCUGCCACGAUUUUGCUCCUCGGACGCACCGAGAACAAAGUGGCGCCCGUAAUCGACACCAUCCAAAAGAUCAGCCCGUCAACCACCGUGCUCUUUGUCGAGAUUGACUUUGCAUCAUGCGCUUCGGUUCGUACCGCCGCAGCUAAAGUUGGUGACAUUGUUGAAAAUAUCGAUGCCCUAAUCAAUAAUGCUGGCAUCAUGGGUGCCAAAUUCUCCCUCACGCCUGAGAAUGUGGAGAGUCAGUUCGGCGCAAAUCACAUCGGCCAUUUCUUACUCACGAACCUUCUUGUGUCGAAGCAGAAUGCUAUCGGCAAGGGUGCUCGCGUCAUCAAUGUUUCUAGCCAACUGUAUCAAUUCAGUCCUGUGCGCUUCGACGAUUACAACUUCUCCAAUGGAGCAGUGUUCAAUACCUGGGAGGCCUACGGUCAGUCAAAGACGGCCAACAUUCUCUUCUCGGUCGCUUUGGCUAAGAAGCUGGCUGAACGGGGAGUAAGAAGUUAUUCCUUGCAUCCAGGGAACAUCCAGGCGACCAAGUUGUCGUCUCAGAUCGACCCAGCGGAGUUUCCAAUCGUGGGGCAAAUGAUCGUGGAUAAGAAGAUCGCUAUGCCCAGAGAGAAGACGAUUGAACAAGGAACUGCGACUACGCUGGCGGCUGCCUUGGAUCCUGAGCUAGACAAUGCAUCAGGAGCUUUCCUAGAUGAUUGCAAUGUGGCGACACCAUUGGCCUAUGCGUCUAGCCAGGAAAAUGCAGAAGAGCUAUGGGCCCUGAGUGAGAAGAUUGUAGGGCAAAACUUUUCCUACUGA